CUCCGUUGCUUUCUGCGUUGGCAUUUGCCUGAGCUUAACCUUACGCCGCUCUUGCUGCUUGCUGCUUGUACCUAGUAUGACGCCCCAGCCCUUACUGAUAAUACCCACGGUCGCAAGCAGAGGCCGCUCCAUAGAGUGGAUGUCCCCCGGACGCUGCCUGGAUGCUCCUUAACUUCGGUGCCCCUCCGAUUCCGUGGGAAAAUUGCUACUUUCGCGCCGAUUCUGUCAAACCACAUCUGUGCACUACGGCAACCGACCAGCACGUCCUCAGAACCUCAGUGUGCGUUCCAACCAGCUUGCCGCCACCACGUUUACUGGUAUCCAAUUCGAGCGCCAUUGCACGAAUUUAACUUAGCAAAGAGUGCAGGGCAGUAGCGGCAUCCCUGCUUCCCUUUGACCGCCCUGACCGCUACGCACACAGCUGUCACGACUUCGAGCAGCAGACAGGGUUGUUUGAUUUUUGUACUGGGUUGGGGAUUCGCAGGGACAAAUGUCAGGAACUGCAUCUCGCGGCAGCACGCGAAGGUCGUCAGUGACCCCUCUGGAUUCACCCAUAUCCCAUCACCGCACUGACGAUGAGACCGCGUUCUCCAGCGCAUAUGCCUUGGGAAGCAAAGUUGGACAGGGCUCCUUUGGGACUGUACGCCUCGUGAAGCACAAAAGCACACUCCUGACAUAUGCCUGCAAAAUCAUGCGGAAACGAAGGGGGGCACCGAAUGCGUAUGAGCAGAUACAGCGGGAAGUCGACAUCAUGAAGCGUGUACGGCAUCCCCAUAUCGUUCAGUUGAAGGAAGUGUUCGAGACGCCGCACAAAUUUUUUCUUGUCAUGGAAUACUGCAAGGGAGGAGAGUUAGUACAACGCGUCCGGAGUCGGAAACACUGCACAGAAGACGACGUGCGGACGAUCAUGGGGAGACUGGUAGAAGCUAUUGCAUACCUCCACGACCAAGGCAUCGUCCACCGCGACAUCAAACCCGAAAACAUCCUAAUCUCCUCCGAUACAAUCGCAGGGGCCAACGGGAGUGGCGCCACUGACGGGAUCAGCAUACCCGAACCGCUAGAUAUAUUCAACAUCAAAGUCUCUGAUUUCGGGCUGGCGACGUUCACGGGUGCUUGCAAUAUGAUGGAAAACAUCGUGGGCACGCCGUUGUAUAUGGCGCCAGAGAUUGUGCAGAACCUCGGAUACAGCGCACAGUGCGAUUUAUGGAGUAUCGGCGUUUUGAUGUACCUGUUACUAUGUGGAUAUCGCGGCGAUGCUGAGCGGGCCCUACACCAAAUGAUACAGGAGGGCCGUGUGGAUUUUCCGGACGUGUAUUGGAAUGAGAUAUCUCCUGGAGCGAGAAAUCUUGUGGAAUCAAUACUACGAAUUGAUCCCGCAAAGCGGAUAACGGCCCGAGAAGUUUUGAUGCAUCCCUGGAUGAGGGGGACAGAAAUGAACCUCGAACAUAACGGCCCCUCAACCGUUCUGGAGCUAAUGAAAUCCUACAAUGCCGAACGGCGCUUCCGGCGAACCGGUCACGCCAUCGUCGCAUUUCUGCGGUUCCGCACCAUCCAGGGCGUCCGCCGGACGUUCGCGCCGACCGCAUUGCCUGCAAUAACAUCAGGGCAGCAGACUAAUGGGGCUGGCGGGCUGGCGACGGGGCCGGUACGGCGCGCGUCGUUCUCGAUACCUGGCACAGGGGCAGGAGCAUUCAAGACUUGGGGCAGUGCGCUGGGCAGCGGCGCACCUGCAGGGGCGGCGUCGGGGCACGGGAGCCGGACUUCCAUAUCGACGCUGAGUUGCGAUAGCAUCGACUCUUACCACAACAGGGAUGAACCGGGCGCGGAAGGAGGUGACGGAGGGAGAGACCGGGACCACGAGUCGGACCGCGGUGAUCACGCCCCUGCUUCCAGCUCUUCGCGGACGCGCGAGGGCAGUAAUCUCAAAUCAUCCCAUUUGGCUCGGAGCACUAUGUACAUCAAAUCCACAGGAUCCGCCCCCGCCGCCAUCUCAGCAGCUGGCGGGAAACUGCCCAUCAACUCCCGCAGCAUCAUCGGCCUGCAUGAAGGCAAAACGAACCGCAACAGCGGGCGGCACGCACCACACAGCAUCGCGGCGUCCUCAUCUACCUCGUCAACAUCCACCACCACCUCCAUGCUCGUUUCCGCAUCCGCAACCCUCCUCAACAACACAACCGACCGCCCGCCACCCGCCUCCCGCAAACAAAACUGCGUCUCCGUCUCCGGAACCUCCAUCUCCUCCUCCUCCUCCUCCCCCGCAACGCACUCAUCAAAAUACCUCAAGCCCGCCGCCCAACAGCUCGCAUCGCACCACCAGCAGCUGCCGCCGUUGAAGAUACAUCGGAGGAAUAGUGUGACAGAACCGAUGAUGGGCUUGCCGAGUAGGACGGCACCGGCGUCGGUGGCGGGAUCGACGGCGCUUUCGUUGAGUACUGUGAGGCCGGCGGGGAGGAAAAAGGAGGCGGGGCCCGCGGUUGUGGAGGCGAGGGUUGGGGAGCUUUUAUGAGGCCACGUCUAUUCACCCUCAUGAGCACGUUCGGCUCCGUGGACCCAAAACUAAUAUUUGUCUGACUCUCCUUUCUCCUUUGCAUGUUUUGCAUGCAUAUAUACCCAUGUUUUUGUUCAUUUCUUGCUGGCUCAAUGUUAUAAUUCUUUUUGAAGCACAUUAUUCAUUUUGCUUUCGUUUAUGCUGCUUCCGUGUGGCAACGAUUUCCAUUCACAUCGACAGCAUUAUGGAAGCUGGAGACACAACAUACUCCCAAAAAUGUGUGAUUCCUGAAAGGACGAAGGGGCAGCGGCGAAAGCUCACACCCCCACAGCGGCCCCUCCCUCCCUCCUCGCCCCC